AUGGAAUAUAAUCAAACAUACUACACCGGUGAGCUCAAGUAUUCCAAUAUGGCCAAGAGGAAAGGAUCCAAGUCGCCAGUCACCAGUCCUAAGAAUGAGGUUACACCCACGGCUCAUACGUACAUGAUGAAGGUUGACAGUCAAUUAUUGCCAACAACUCAAGGACUCAAUACUUCCACUCCCCCAAAAGGAACCAACACCACCCAACAGCCAUCUUAUAAGGAUAACACUCGUCCCGAAUCUAGCUCGAUGAAUUAUCUAUUCAACCACCCUUUGUGGCCCAAGAUCCAGACACUACCCGAAACGCUCCAUGUCUUUCUUCGAAGUGACUUUGACUCCAUCGCCUCAAAGACUACAAACCUUGACUAUCAUCGUGUUUUGUACCACUUCGAUCCCAAGACUAAGUCGCGCCCUUCUCACACCAAGGCUAAAUUAAAGAAAGACUUCGAUGACAACUUAAAGCCACUCUUGCUCCCAUUUGCCAUCGAUCCACCUAAGCCGGACGCGGACGCUAGUGAAACAUCCCCACCUGAUAUCGAUUUUGAUCCGCUUCAUCGGCGUACUACUCGGGCCAUGUUGUCUCAAGCUAUCCUCUCCAGACGCCCAGGGUACUCAAUCGCAUCAGACGCCCGAAUCGACCAAAUCUUGAUCUUAUACAAAGCAUUUGUCGAUCCCGACCUUUUAUUACCAGUCAACAGAGAAUUUAUUCACAAACCCAAAUGCCUUACGGCUGAUAAGGCUCGUCAAAAGACAAUUGAAUACUUGCGCUUUGCACUGCAAUGUCAUGCUCCGCAUAUAUUUGUGCACUCUGUAUCACUUACGCAUCCGCUCUUGUUGGACUUGUACAUCAAAUUUGUUAUCGAGGACCCGGUUCCUGACGGACGGCUAGUUUGCGGAUAUCAUUAUUCAGAGAUUUCUGACAUGAUGACAUCAUUAAGUGAUAGGCAUAGGAACCGAUCGGGAUUGGCAGCUGGACUUUGUAAAGUGAAGCAUUAA